AAAACGAUAUGGAAAUAUAUACUCCAUGUGGCUCGGACCUUACCUUGUGGUCGUGCUGUCUGGAUUCAAAGCUGUGAAAGAAGAAAUGACCAGAUUCUCAGAAGAAUUCUCUGAUCGACCAAAUGAUCCUUUCUUGACUGCUUUAGGAAAAGGAAUGGGAAUUAUUCUUUCCAAUGGCCACACCUGGAAACAGCAGCGACACAUCGGCAUCACUUCUCUGAGGAAGCUGGGCCUGGGGAAGAAAAGCAUCGAGCAUAGAAUAGAAGACGUUGCUCAGACAUUGAUAGACAACUUUAGACAAACAAAUGGACAACCAUUUGACCCUUCGUUUCUGCUACUAAAUGCAGUUUCUAAUGUCAUCUGUGCUUUGAGUUUUGGGCAUCAGUUUGCUUCUGAAGAUGAACAUUUCCAGAAGUUAAUUCAAGCCCUCAGAACUAUUGUGGAUUUUUUGGUUGGCUUUUUCCAUAUGGUAUAUGGUUUGUUCCCCACAAUAAUGAACUACCUCCCAGGCCCCCACAAGAAAGCCUUGGCUUCUACAGCCUGGAUCCUCUCCUUUGCAAAGCAAGAAAUACAGAAACACAAAGAAUCCAGCUCUCUUCAUGAGCCACAAGAUUUCAUUGAUUACUAUCUUCUUGAGAUGGAGAAGCAUCAGAGCAAGAAUGACCCCAACUCUACCUACAAUGAAGAAAACUUGGCUCAGUGUAUUUAUGAUUUUUUUGGUGCUGGAACAGACACAUCUUUUGUUUCUAUGAAGUGGGCACUGAUCCUCUUGGCAAAGCAUCCUGAUAUCCAAGAGAAAGUCACGAAGGAGAUUGAAGAUGUGUUUGGCUUCUCAAGGUCAAUUUCCUAUCAGGAUAAGAAGAAGCUGCCUUAUACCAAUGCUGUGAUUCAUGAAAUGCAGCGUGCAAAGUAUGCCUUGCUAUUUGGGGUUCCCAGGCAAAGCACAAAGGACGUGAAGAUGAGGGGAUACCACAUUCCAAAGGGGACCUUUAUUGUCCCGGACCUGCGUUCUGUUCUUCUAGAUCCUGAACAAUGGGAGACACCUGAAAAAUUCAACCCAAAUCACUUUUUAGACAAGGAUGGGAAGUUCGUUGAACGGGAAGAGUUCCUAGCAUUCGGAACAGGUGCACGUGCAUGCGUGGGAGAGCUGCUGGCAAGAAUUGAGAUCUUCAUCUUUCUGACUAGCCUAUUGAGGGCCUUCAGCUUCCAGAUGCCUGAAGGAGUGAAAGAAUUCAAUGAAAAACCUGUUGUAAACUUGACCAUGCCCCCACAGCCUUACAAGAUAUGUGCUAUUCCCCACAAAACUUAAACUUAUAAAAACACCACACAAAGGAUUAAAGUAAUUACAGUACUCAUUCAAUGGGUAAAUGCUUCCUAUAUGCCUAUUCUCUUAAUUUGAGCUUCCGCCUCCGUUUACUC